UUCAUAACUCUUGUAGUGUUCCCUCUCACUGCAGUCUACUGUACGAAUACAUACCAGCGAUAGUUGAUACACAGGGAGCUGUACUUGAGCAGUAACCUACUAUUUCUCCGUCAGUGUAGAAGGCUUCAAGUCAUUACCCAACCAAAAACGUUUACAGGGUGUCGGAUCCAUACUAUUCCAAUCGAGCAAAUAACCAUAAUUCGAGGCAGUCAUAAUGCCCUACGAGUCAACAAUCACAUUCAUACUCGACACCAUAUGUCCCUGGACCUACCUGGCCUUCAUUCGCCUCAACAAAGCCCUCGCCUCCUACCGCUCCAAAAAUCCAUCCUCUCCCGCAUCCUUUACUCUACAGCCUGCACCCUACCAACUUUACCCCGACUUCAGCACCAAGGGCGAAGACAAAUACGAAUGGUACAAGAAGGAGAAGUACGGCGGUAGCGAAGAGCGAAUGAACAUGUACGCAGACCAUAUGACCAAACUAGGCAACAUCGAAGGCAUUUCCUUCGACUUCCACGGCCAGAUCGGAAACACACUGCACGCGCACCGCAUAAUACAUUACCUGUUGAACAGCAAAUCGCCCGCCGCAGCACAAAAGUGUCUGGAAAGUCUGUACAAGCAGUACUUUGAGCAGCAGGCUCAUCCGUCACGCCCAAGCACGCUGGUAACUGCUUGUCUCGCGGCUGGAUUGACGGAAGAAGAAGCAAGGACGCUAGUCGACGACGAGAGUGAGGGGCUAGGGGUUACGAAGGCGGCGAUUCGGGAACAGACAGGGAAUGGAGUGGAUAGUGUGCCUUAUAUUGUGUUUGAGGGGCGAAGGAGGGAUUUUACGUUGGUUGGAGCAAAGGAAGUCGCGGAGUAUGAGAAAAUACUUGGGCAGGUGGCGAAGGAGUGUGUGUAGAAUAGGUCUUUGAACGCGGUAAUUUUACUACAGGGCAACAUUUAAGUCUUGAUAAUAGAUAAUAAGAGUUCACGAU